AGAGCCCCAAGGAUACCGAAAGCACUUAAAGCAGUCGUCUGGUUCAACGUGCACCCACUGCCAGCAUUAUUCCAACACGCUGAAACACGAGAACGAAUAGAAGCGUCGCGAUGCACGCGUCCCACGCGUUAAUUGCCGUCACGGCAAUCGCGUGUUGUCUCCUGGCAACGCGGGCCCGCGGAGAACAGGUGAAGUUCAACCGCUCGUUCACAGUAGACUACGAGAACGACCGCUUCCUCAAAGAUGGCGAACCGUUCCGAUUCGUUUCCGGUUCCGUGCACUACUUCCGAGUUCCCAAGCCUUACUGGCGCGAUCGUCUGGUCAAGAUGAAGAUGGCCGGCCUCAACGCGAUCCAAACUUACGUCGAAUGGAGCGGCCACGAACCGGAACCAGGCCAGUACAACUUCGAAGGUAACUACGACCUCUUGACCUUCCUGGAGACGGCGAAGGACCUAAACCUGUACGUGAUCCUGAGGCCCGGUCCUUACAUCUGCGGCGAGCGAGACAAUGGCGGGCUUCCGUACUGGCUGCUCAGGAUAAACCCCAAGAUGAAGUACAGGUCCUCGGACGAGACGUACAUCAAAGCGGUGGACCAAUGGUUUGACCUGCUCCUGCCCAAGGUGGCGCCGUACUUGUACAAGAACGGUGGCCCCAUCAUCACCGUCCAGGUGGAGAACGAGUACGGCCUCUACGACGUGUGCGACAAGGUCUACAUGCGACACCUGGUGGACAAACUGCAGCAGCACCUGGGCAAUGACGUGGUGCUCUUCCGCACCGACACGCCGUGGGACAAGGCGUACGAGUGCGAUCACGUGGACGGCACUCUGGUCACGACCGACUUCGGUCCCACCAAGUCCACCGUGAAAGACGCCUACGCGGCGGUCAAGAGGGCCCAGCCACACGGGCCGUUCGUCGUUACGGAGUACUACUGCGGCCGACAGGACGUCUGGUCGUUCAUUCACGACAAGGUGGACAAGCGGCGCGUCGUCGACACCUUCGAGCAGAUCAUGUCCCAGUACAACGGCUCGGUCAACUUCUACAUGUUCCACGGCGGCACAAACUACGGCUUCGGAAACGGCAACCGCCCGCCCCCGCAGCUAACGAGCUACGACCACGGCUCACCGCUCUCGGAGGCCGGCGACCCCACGGACCUGUACUACAUGAUCCGGAACGCGACGGCCAAGUUCCUUCCGCUUCCGCCGGGCACGGUUCCGGUUCCGGCUCCCAAGUUGAACAUCGGAAGCGUAUCGUUGACGCGCAGCUCACCGCUGGCGGAGGUGAUGGACUGGUUUCGGAACCGGGGCUACCUCAAGAGCGUGCGGGCCGAGCAUCCGCUGACGUUCGAAGAACUGAGCCAAGCCUACGGCUACGUCGUCUACAGCACGCGGGUGUCGUUUAGGCCUAAGAGUCCGUCCCUGCUGACGGUUGCCGGCAUUAAGGACAGGGGCUACGUGAUGACGAGAGUGACCCGAAGCGUGCUCAGCUUGGACGAGAAGGUGUUCAGCGCCUCCGUGGUGGCGGCAGCGGGGGAAACGCUCACGGUCCUCGUGGAGAACCAGGGCCGACAGAACUACGGAGAAGGAAACCACGACCCCAAGGGCAUCACAUCAGACGUGACACUGGGGCAUGCCGUGCUGACCAACUGGACAAUGGAAGGCGUGCCGCUCGUUCACGAUGAAGAUCUGGAUCGUCUUGGCUCAUUUCUUUCGAAGCAUGGUCACGGAUACGAAAACGGCACACAUCCCCAGCCACCGACGUUUUUCUACGGUACCUUCACACUGCCACAAGGGCAGGAGCCACUGGACACCUUCUUCGAUCCUACCGGCUGGGGAAAGGGUGUGCUCGUAGUUAACGGCUUCAACCUCGGCCGUUAUUGGCCGUCCAUCGGGCCACAAGUGACCCUGUACGUGCCAGGUUCGCUCCUACGACCUUAUCCGCAAGAAAACACGUUUAUCUUAUUCGAGACAGAGCUAGUGCCGUCAGGGCUACCCGCGGUGCAAUUUGUGGACACGCCGAACAUCGAUGGACCUAUUCCCAGUGCACCAACAGGAAGAAGCCAUGGUUGAAGCCUUCUAGUAAGACCAAGCCAACCGGCAAACGCGCCUUUUGUACAAUCGUUAUGUGCACCACGCUCGUAUAACCGCUGUAUACGUUUGCUUGCAGAGAAUUGGUGGUUCCACGUGGCUGUUGCCGAGCUUUGCCGUUUCUUAUUAUUGAGAGCAUGUGCGAGCUUAUGGAUCGAUCUUGGUAUCACAGCCGUCUGUGCGGAAAUGCGCGAAAUAAAGGAUUGUCCGAUGCUAC